AUGGACAUGAGGGAUAAGGUUCUGCUUGGCCAUCAUUUUUUUGAUAGCAAACCAGUUAUUGUUAAACCUUGGAGUGUAGAGAUGGAUAUUGAGAAAGAGGAAGUCAAAUCUGUUCCAAUAUGGGUUCAAAUGCAGUUGAACUUUAAAUAUUGGGGUGAGAAAUCUUUGUUCAAGAUUGUGCAUCAGUUUGGGAAGCCUAUUAAGAGGGAUGCUGCAACAGUAAAUAGGGAUAAAUUGCAAUUUGCUAGAGUAUUGGUGGAUAUGCCUCUUACACAGGACUUGCCUUCUCAUACUGACUUCAUGGAUGAACAUGGAGUUUUGACCAAAGUGGCACUCACUUUUGAGUGGAACCCUACCACUUGUGGCAAAUGUAAGAAGAUGGGACAUAGAACUGAUGAAUGUAGGUCAGGUUCCAAGAGAGUUUGGGUACAGAAACAGGUGGUGGUGCCAUCUAUGGAAGCCCCAAUGAGGUGGAUCAGGAAGGCUUUCAAAGAGCACUUAGGCCAAUUAGAGUGA